UCUUUGGGAAUGGGCCAGUGCCUUGCCAGGGUGCAUCUCUCCACCCGGUGGCGUGGCUGGCGUCGUGUGAGAGUGAGGAGGGCAGCGGCCCGGUCGUAGAGUCCGCCCACCCCUCUCCCUCGCUUGGCGUGCUCCCCCCACGAUUGACUUUUGACCUUUUCGACUCGGCCGUGACUCCGCCGCGACCCCCGGCCCAGCCAUGCCCUUCAGGCUGAAGCCGUGGCGCACGCGGCGCUACAACGUCCUGAGCAAGAACUACUUUGUAACACGGAUUCGCCUGCUGGACAGCAACGUGAUUGAAUGCACUCUGUCGGUGGAGAGCACGGGACAGGAAUGUCUGGAGGCGGUGGCCCAAAGGCUGGAGCUACGGGAGACCCAUUUCUUCGGGCUGUGGUUCCAGGGAAAGACGCAGACCCCGGCCCAGCGCUGGGUGGAGCUGGAGAAACCUCUGAAGAAGCAGCUGGACAAGUUCGGCAAUGAGCCGCUCCUCUUCUUCGGUGUCAUGUUCUACGUGCCCAACGUUUCCCGGCUGGAGCAAGAGGCCACCAGGUACCAGUAUUACCUACAGGUGAAGAAGGAGCUUUUGGAUGGACGUCUUCACUGCACAGUAGAGCAGGGGAUCAGACUAGCAGGCCUAGCAGUACAAGCUGACUUUGGAGACUUCACUCAGUUCAUGUCUCAGGACUUCCUCAGGGAGUACGUGCUCUUCCCAGUGAACUGGCCUAAUGGAGACGAGGUGCUCGAGGAGUGGACCCAGAAAGUUGCUGAGGAGCACAAGAGUCACUGUCGAAUGCAGGCCGCUCAAGCAGAGCUGCUGUACAUCAAGGAGGUGGAGAAGCUGGACGGCUUUGGCCAGGAGAGCUUCGCUGCUAAGGACAACUACACCAACGAUAUCUUCAUCGGCGUCUCCUUCAUCGGGGUGUUUGUCAAACACAGAAACGGCAGAUCCAUCAUGCUCCACAAGUGGAAGGACAUUGGUACCAUAGCGCACAACAAGUCAGCCAUCACAGUGGAGAUAACAAGCAAAGACGACACCAUCAUUUUUCACAUGGAGGAUAUGGAAAUGGCAAAGUACAUCUCCCGUCUCUUCACGGCCAGACACAAAUUCUACAAACAGAACAAGAUCUGUGCCGAGCCCACUCACUCACCUGCACCAAUCCGGAGGAGACCCACCUGGACCCACCGCCUCUCUCUGUCGCGGCCCCAGUCCUGUAACUUCCAGUCUAUGCAUUCCCAGUAUGGAGAGCAUUAUCAGGACCCACAGAGCUCGCAAGACAGCAUCUUCCAUGAUGACCCCUACUACAAGUCCGAAACGAGUCUGGACCGCUGCCCCUCGGACUAUGCUUUCCGAAAUGGUACCGUGCCCAAUGGAAGCAUGUACAGCAGCCCCAGCCUGAGCUCCCUCAACCACUCCCAGACCUUCGUCCAGCCCUCGCCGAUAUCCUCCAACCUCAGCAUCCCCGGCAGUGAGCUUAUGCGCCCGGACUACAUCCCAAGCCACCGCCACAGCGCCAUCAUUGCGCCGUCCUACCGGCCCACGCCUGAGUACGAUGCCGUCAUGAGGCAGAAGCGGCGCAUGCUCCCCGCGCACCACGAUCUCCACAGCCAGUCGCUGCGCAGUUUGAACAUCAGUAACGCCUGUGCUUACCGCCAGCCUGAAGCUCUGGUGUACAGCCAGCCGGAGAUGAGGGAGAGGGGCCCCUAUCAUGGCCUGGGGCCCAGCCCUGGACCUUACACACCACAGAUCAGCUACAGUAAGCCAGUGUCCCAUGGGCCUCAUCAGGGAGGGCCAGCCAGCAGCCAGGGCCCCUGUCACUCACCCUGUGUCAACGGGGGUGGAGGCGGCGGUGUAGGAAGCUCCAUCUCUCACACUGUCAGCACACCCGAGUUGGCAAACACCAAACAACAGGGCACCAGCGCGGGAAGCUAUGCAGCUACUGCCAACAUGCUGAGAAACCACAUGUCGCGACCUCCUCCACCUUACCCCUCCAGCUCUUUCCGCCCGGCCACCAGUACACCGGACCUCGCCAGCCACCGCCACCGCUGCAUCGGGGGCAGCAGUCCGGAGCUGGUAACCCGCAUGGUGCAGCUGUCGGUCAAGACCUUUCAGCCGGACAGCUCAGCUGUUGUGCACCAGUCCCUUCAGGAGGUCAGCGAACCGUUGACUGCAGCUGCUAAGCACCGCUCCACCCUGGGCAAGAGACACAGUAUGGAGGUGAUCAGCAGCAUGAGAGGAGGAGGGAUGGAGGGCUUGGUGAUGAAAGGGAUGAAUGCGCCGCUUCAUCGGAGGAAUACUCUCAGAGAACAUGUGAUGCCGCCUCAGCCCCAAUCCAUGCCCCAGCCCCAAACCCCUCAGCCACAACAGCAGCCCCAGCCUCCACCUCCGCAGACGAAGGAGGUGCCCAAGCAGAUACCUGCCCAGAAAGCACCUGAGGCUGCUGUAGCACCACCUGCAGCGGUGGCCUACCAGCAUCAAAAGACUCUAUCUAAUGCUACCAUGCUUAUACAUAGUAGUGAGAGUGAAGAAGAGGAGGAGGAGGAAGAAGAGAGGCCUGAGCUGGACAUUCAAAUCCCAGGCCUGAACGAGGACAUCAGCAUCAGCGCUCAGCUCCAGGCAGCUCUGGCCAAACUGCCCAACAAACCCCCUCCAGAGUACCCGGGUCCUCCCAGAACUCCCAGCAACGCUCAGAUCCGCAACCACUCCCACAACCACACUCACCACCACAAUCAAGGCCCACAGAGCAACCAGGGAGCAAUGGACCCAAUAAACCAUGCCCAGGGCCGAGUGUACAAACCUGGGCCGAGCCAGGGCAGUGGCGGGGGUGGUCCUGGAGGAGGCUGUGUUGCAGGUGCUGGUGGGACACUGACCCGAGGGGACCAGGGUGGGGUGAACGGAGCUGUUUUAGGUCCGUCCAUCUCUGAGCCGGACCUGACCAGUGUGAAGGAGCGGGUUAGGAAGGAGCCCGUCAAAGAGAGGCCAGUGUCAGAGAUGUUCUCCCUGGAGGACAGCAUCGUGGAGAGGGAAAUCGCUCAGAGGACGCUGGAGAGGCAGAAGAUGUCCGUGGACUCCAUGAAGCGACCGCUGAUGAUGGCCGCCCUCAACGGCCUCUACGUGGCUCGGAUGCCGGCCCCCAAGAGUCCAGCGGAGGACGGCACCAAGGCCUCCACCGACGAACGGUGUAAGACCUUGGAGUUGAAGCUGGAAGAGGAGCGGGUCUUCACCGAGUACGAGCAGGUGCCCAAGAAGAGGGCGAACUGCGCCCUCGCCACGGCCACGCUGCCCGAGAACACGGAACGUAACCGCUUCCGUGACGUGGUUCCUUACGAAGAGAAUCGGGUCGAACUUGUUCCCAACAAGGAGAACAACACGGGCUACAUUAACGCCUCGCAUAUCAAGGUGAUGAUCAGAGGGGAGGAGUGGCACUACAUCGCCACCCAGGGACCGCUCGCCAACACCUGUGCCGACUUCUGGCAGAUGGUCUGGGAGCAAGGGGUCAACGUCAUCGCCAUGGUUACUGCAGAAGAGGAGGGUGGCCGGUCCAAGAGUCACCGCUACUGGCCCAAACUGGGCUCCAAACACAACUCGGCCACGCACGGCAAGUUCAAGGUGACCACCAAGUUCCGCACGGACUCGGGCUGCUACGCCACCACAGGGUUAAAGGUCAAACACCUGCUGUCUGGCCAGGAGAGGACGGUCUGGCACCUGCAGUACACAGACUGGCCUGAGCAGGGCUGUCCGGAAUACGUCGUGGGAUUUCUCUCGUACCUGGAGGAGAUCCAGUCUGUAAGGAGACACACUAACUCCAUGCUGGACACCUCAAAGAGCCUCAACCCUCCCGUGGUGGUGCACUGCAGCGCCGGGGUGGGUCGCACCGGCGUGGUCAUCCUCACCGAGCUGAUGAUCAGCUGCCUGGAGCACAAUGAGCCAAUGGAGGUUCCCCACAUGUUGUCGGAGCUCAGGCAUCAGCGGAUGCUGAUGGUUCAGACCAUCUCCCAGUACAAGUUUGUCUACCAGGUCCUCAUCCAGUUCCUCAAGAAUUCCCGCCUCAUCUGAUCACGGGCUCACGACCUUUGACCCUAUACAAUGUGGCAGAUGACGACAGCGUUACUUAACUCAAGCCUGAGGACCGAUACAGCUGAUGUGGCCUCGGUGGGACCAGACGCAGGUAGAAGCGUCUCCCUGUUCACCUGGAGGUUUCUACGUGGCAGUUGAAGGUUAUGGAAAUGUGUAGAUUUGGAUACAAGCUCACCUCAAAAGGGGGAGAGGAUGUGUGUCGGCCUGUUUCAAAAACUGAUGACGAUUCCUCCUGAUCAGUGUGUUUUCACAUUUCAUUCUUUUAUCCCCUGGGAUUUAAUCUCGGACCUGAUCUUUCCGUGUGGAGCAUGUUUGUGCUUUUUCUCCGUGCGGGUCAGGUGAAAGAGCGGCUUGUCUCUGCUGCAGACGUGAAUGUGUGUGUCUCUGGAGAAAUACCUUGAGAAAUCAAUCGCAAAUCAAUAACAGUUUGGAUAGUUCACCCGCCUGCUAAUUUUCACAAUUUUCUUUGAGCCAUUAUUAGAAAUGGCAUUACGCUGCAUGAACAGUAGGUGGCAGCAGUAUUAUUACUAAACUCUUGGUAUACUCAGAAAAGGUUUGCCAAACAAAACAUAUCCUUUGAACCACAGUUCUAAAAUAACAGAGUUUUGAUUAAUACAGCAAAUAUUUACUAUAACAUUGUAACAAAUGUUUUUUUUUAUUUAUUUCUCUCACUAUUGGCGUCACCUUUGCCAUUGUACAGACCAUCGACAGUUAUGUCAGAUCUCUCGUCCUGAUUUUCUAAAAGCCUUUCUUGUGAAUCUCAGAAAGAUUCGUCCCUUUUCGUCUCCUGAAAUGUUUGAACAUUUCUCUAAAGAUUCCACCUAAAUAUGCAAAAAAACAGAAAAUACAUUUCAACAAUUAUUAUUUGCUUCUUUCAAUUUCAAGUGUCUUGCCACAUUUUUUUUGGAACGUAAAUCAUUUCAAAUUAUGUCCAGUUAAUUGGAAUAUUUUAUAAAUAUGACCAUUUGCAUACUUGUGUCCUUAUAUUGACCAGAUACUGUAUCAUUAGGCCUUAUUGACACAUGAAACGAGCCUGGCUUGUUGUUGGGUCCUUGAUGGAUUCAGUAAAUUCACUCCCUUAUUUUAUUUGACCUCCAAAGAUAAAAUUCUUUAAAUAGUCUUUAAAUAAGUAUUUUAUAGUUUGAAUUCUGGCUAAAGGACAAUUUAAACAUUUCAAAUCUUUUACCGAACUCUUUGGUAAAGGUUCAGCAGCAGGAGAGUACUGAUGUUUGGGUUUUGUUUUAUGUCUUUAGUGACACAGCUGUGUGUCUUCUAAUCAGAACCAAACCCAAUAGAUUAACUGCGUAUCUGAAUCCCGCUUAUUAAAUCACCUUCAAUUUCUUUUAACUUGCUACAUUAAAUAUAAUUUUUAUUUUAUUUGUCUGAAUUGUAAUGCAAAGCCAGCCGUGUCCAAAAUAACUUUGUACAUAACGGGCACUUGAGAGAAAAAAAGAUUUCUACAAAUGUGUUAUAUAGUUUUUUUUUCGCCUCUUUUUUUGACUUGGUACCCCAAAAAUACCGCAACAUAAUAAACUAUGCAUGCAUUUUUAUAUUUCAAUGUAUAUAUUCUCAGAUACGUAUAAGCUCUCUCUUGACAUGUGUAAGUGUUUUGUUGCACUUCAGUUCUCUUUAUGACAGUAUUUUCUUUCUCACAAGGUAUUCCACUGUUUGUUAAUAUUUAAUUUUUCCCCCUCAACUUUUCUUCUUUUGGCAAAAACUCCUAAAUACGUUUCAAAGUAUGUGUACAUAUGUUUUGUAUAUGCGUUUUCAGUGCAUCAAGUCCUUGUUUUUCUCUCCCCUGACAUGUAUGAAGCUGUCAUACUUGCUUAUUAUGCAAUAAAGCCUUAUUUUCUUUAA